AUGGCACAAAUUCAAGGCUGCUGGAGCCAGCCCAGUAACACUGUGUUCAUCCAAACAGAGCCUUGCCAGCCUGAGAUUGUUUCUGCUCAGGCACUCUGUCACGAAGAGAAGGUCCAGAUCUCCUGGCAACAAGCAGGCGCCGUUGAGAAUUACCUCAUCACUUCCACUGGGAGUCUGGGAUUCAUGGAGAUUCACAACACAACCAAACCCUUCCUGACAGCCACUUUACCAUGUGGACAACACUAUAACGUCACUGUACAGGGACAGGGCAGCGAGUGUGACAGCAUACCCAGCACGCCUGCUUUCUUUAAAACUGGCCCAUGUGCUCCCUGGGAUGUGAUCACCUACAUGCAGUGUGAGUCUAACACGGGCUCUAUCAGCUGGGGGCCCAGUGAUGGCGCUGAAUCAUACGUCGCUAUAGCAACAGGCCUUGAUGGCCACACCCAUCAGUGUCUCACCAACACCACCUCCUGCACCUGGGACGAGCUGCACUGUGGGGACGAGUACACUGUUGUAGUGAGAGCGAAGGCUGACAACUGCACCAGCCUGCCCAGCAACAACUCCAUCAUCCAUAUGGAUCCAUGUGUGCCCCAAAAUGUGGUUGCCAUGGUGAACUGUGAUAUGAAAGUCGUUUCCCUGAGCUGGGAUUCCAGCAAUGGGACAACGUGGUACAAGAUAUCAGCUGAAGCAGGGGAUGAAUCAGUUGGUCUGAGCACUAACAUUACCACAGCCCAUUUCUCUGAAUUCCCUUGUGGACAAAACUACAACUUCUCAGUCACAUCUUACAACCAGCACUGCCCUGGCAACAGCAGUGCACCAACCCCUGUGCAGACCUGGCCUUGCAGCCCUAUGGGAAUCUCUACAACGCAGGAUUGUCUCUCUAGCAUUGUCGUGGUAACCUGGGAGCCCAGCAACGGCUCAGACUUCUACACAGCCACCAUGUACACAGAUACUGGCAUCUCCGAAAUGUGCAUGUCAGAUACGAAUGCAUGCAGCGUUCCUGCCCUGACGUGUGGACACAACUUCUCUGUAACGGUCACAGCUUCCAGCAAUGAGUGCAACAUCACCUCCAGUUCAACCACGAGUCUGCAGUCAGUGCCCUGCAUCCCCACCAAUGUGUCAGUCAUCAUGGACUGCGCCAACAACUCUGCUGUUGUGUCCUGGUUUGCCAGUCGCGGUGCGACAGAGUACUGGGUGACAGCCAUCAGUAGUCAUAGCAACGACACCUGCAAGACUUCUGACUCCAGCUGUCGCCUCAGCAGCCUCACAUGUGGCACGAGCUACACCGUCCAAGUUGUUGCUAUGGAUGGCAACUGCUCGAGCAUGCCUAGUCAGCCCCUGGAAGUGAAAUCGGGCCCCUGCCCACCUCAGAAUGUGAGCGCCCGGCUCAGCUGUUCAGCAAAUGAUUUGAUGAUUUCCUGGGAUGCCGUUAGAGAUGUUGACCACUUCCUGGUUUCAUUAACUGCUGAGGAUGGCGGACUCAGAGAAUUAUGUAACACCACAACCACUGCCUGUUCAGUCAGCAAUGUGACAUGUGGGAAGACAUUCACUGCUGAAGUGGCCUCUGUGAGAGGUGGCUGUCGUAGCGAUUACAGCCAGACCCACAGCAUCCAGUCAGCUCCCUGUCAGCCUCAGGGGAUCAAAGCCAACCUCGACUGUGUGACCAAUUCAGCCUGGAUAUCAUGGGAUGCUGCCGACGGGGCGGACAGCUACACCGCGUCAGCUGUAGGUGGAGAGAACUUCACAGGCAACUGCACCACCUCCAGCAACACUACGUGUGGGGUAGAGGACCUGGCUUGUGGUGUUUUUUAUAACUUCACUGUCACUGCAAAAAACAGCAAGUGUGAGAGUCAGCCAAGUGCCAGCAUCGGACUGCAGACAGCCCCCUGCUCGCUCUCUACCAUCACCGCCUUCACUCAGUGUCACAACUCCUCCAUCCUCGUUGUCUGGGACCUCAUGGAGGGCAGCGAGGGAAACACAGUGUACACCGCCACAGCAGAAGCCAGUGAUUACACAUUCCUGUCCUGCAACGGCACUGGUACCAGCUGCUACCUCCACGGAGCAAAGUGUGACCUCCGAUACACCAUCAUUGUAGCUGCUUCAUCAGACCAGUGCAGCAGUUUGAGAAGUCCUCCCUACAGACUCAGCAUGGAGCCGUGUCCACCCAGAUAUGUGACGGUGAACUCUUCCUGUGAGGACCAGCACGUGUUGGUGUCCUGGAUUCCCUCUCCGGUCGCUGAACGCUACCAUGUUGUGGCUGUGGCUGCAGAUGGACAUGAGCAUUCUUGCAACACGACCUCCAGUAACUGCAGCAUAUCAGAGCUCCACUGCAACCAACAAUACGCAGUAUCAGUGACUGCUAGUCAUGAGAAAUGCUCCAGCAAAGCCAGUCAAAAUACAACUCUGAACACAGGUCCCUGUCCGCCAAGUGGCCUCUCUGUUGAUUUCCACUGUAAGAAUCACUCUGCAGUGCUGACAUGGACGCCGAGUGAUAAUGCAGAAGAUUAUUAUGGCUGUGCUCAGGGUGGUAAUGGAGACACGCUACACUGCCACAGCUCAAACUCUACCUGUACUAUUGACGGCCUCGGCUGUGGAACAGUAUACAACUUCUCUGUCCGUGCCUCAGACGGGACAUGCAACAGCUCUUUCAGUGACCUUGUGCAGGGUGGAGGAGCUCCCUGCCCCCCAGAUGUGGUGGAGGUGCAGCUGAUGCCGAUGGAACUGGAGAUGCAGGUGCUGAGCUUCAGCUGGACACAGGUCACCUGUGGAGAUGUGGAGUACUUGCUGACUUUGACAGGCAGCCUGCUGGACGACAGCCAGGCCUUGUUUGAGCUCGCCUCCUACUGGACCAAUACGACAUACUUUGAGAUCCCUCUCCCCUGCAGUUCCUCCUACGUUGCCGCUCUGCAGAGUAGAAAUGCUGCAGGCACAAGCCACAAAUCUGUGGAUCUCACUGGAAUAACAGCCCCUUGUCCACCAUCAGGAGUGACAUACACUGGUAACAACUCUUUUGUCACAAUUUCGUGGAACACUUCAGUGUUUGCCAGCACGUACACGGUAUAUGACAACAGCGUGGCGCCAAAGGCCCAGCUAUGCAACAGUACAGUGCUCUCCUGCUCUCUGUACGACAUCACUUCCAACAGUCUGGUCAUCACAGCCAGUAAUGCAGCGGGGGAAGGUCAAACAGCAAAUAUCACAAAAGUUGUCACACAAAGUCGCAGAAGAAGAGAUCUGAGUGAACAAAUGUCAGUGGAUGGAAGCCUCUCAGCUCCGGUACUGGAUCUCACACAACCCAUGUCAACGGUUGUCUUCCUUGAGUGGUCUUCAAUGAAGGAUGCCGUCUACUACAACCUGAUGAUCAGGAGGCAAGGCAGCUCUGAGGAGGACCAGGAACUGACCGUGUACGGAGAGAGCAUGAUCCUCUCGGAUCUGAACCCCAACGCCACCUAUUGUCUUUCUGUGUUGGCUAUUUACGCAGCUAGGAGUGGACCAGAGUCUUCACCCGCGUGUGUGCAAACAGCUCCAAAGCUUUCGGAGCCAAUGGGCUAGGACUUCUGUGGACACGGCUACCAGUUCCUACAGCCCCUUUUUAACAUGUGAUCGAAGAACAAGUGGCAGCACUUCCCAAUUAAUUUGUUACCGCACACUAGAAGUUUAAAACACAUUUUAAUUGGUGUAAAAAUCUUUUGUUGAAGUUAAUCAAUUGUUGGUUGUGGUUUAUUGGUUAUGAACUUUUAUGUUCACGAUUAAAUACGUUAACCUCUUACAGGUCAUGUGUCAGUUAGUGUGUUUACAUAAAGUUUUUUUUGUAUUUAAUAUAAAAA